CACAUUUGUCGGGCGGAGAGCAGGGCGAGGGGUCGCGUGUCCGCGCGUCCACGCGGCGUCACGUGCCAGUGCGCGUGCUUCUCGAGAAUCUCAUGCAAACGCCGAACAGGAACACAAGUUGCGGCUCUCACCUCUAUGCGUUUACCGCGUAUGCUUCGUCUCGCAUUUGACUAGGAUUAACCCUCGAUGCACUUUGCGUUCAGCUACGUAAAUAAACAGAAACACUUGUGUACGGCGUACUAAAAUAUUACCUUAAGAUGCCAGGACGUAGAUCUUAGAAUCGUUUCUCCCGUGCGGUGUUUCAGUCUAGUAUUCCGUUAUGUUUGGAACUGACAAACAACUUUCAAAACGUGACACUUCUUCCGCUCCCAGCAGCCAUCUUGGACAGUGACGUCACAGAAUGCAUCAUGUGAUUCUAAACAAUGAUAAGUAAACAAAUAGCUGCCGCUGUAAAUGGACCGACGGCCUGCUUGCUGAGCUAGUGAAGUCGCUGGACCAUGUCUCGAAGGAAGCAGAGCAACCCGAAACCUCUUAAAAGGGAGGACGACGAGUGGAGCAGCGAUGCGGAGGGCUCGAGCCGCGCGGCGCUGAGCGGCGAGCCGUCCCCGGAGGCGGCGGCGGCGGCGGCGGCGGGGGCGGCAGCAGCGGCGGCGUCGCCCUCCCCCCCGCGGCUGCGGCUCAACGCCAGCCUCGCCACGGACCCGGCCCUGCGCGCCGCCCCCGCCCCCACCCCGCCGCCCCCGCCGCCGCUCGACUACCUGCACGCGCUGCCGCCCGCCUUCCACUCCGCUCUUGCAACGUUUUGCUUGCCCCCAUUGCCAGAAGUGCCACCAGCCCCCACCUCAGCACCACGCCCCAAACUAGCGGACAGUCUCGAAACUAGGCAAGCGCCUGUGUACAUGUGCACUCCGUGCGGGAUACGAUUCAGCUCGCUCAGCACGCUGGAGGCACAUCAGACGUACUACUGCUCACACCGCACCAAGCAGAAAGGGCGCGACAGCGACAGCGACGACGGAAAGCCCCCCAGCCUGCCCGCCGCCGCAGAGACCAUGCUCUCCCGAGCGGACGAGAGCUCCGCCUCAGAGAGCGUGGGCGAGGUGAACGGCCUGGGGCCGGCGUGCAAGGCGCCGAGGACCGGCAAGCAGUACGCCUGCCCCCACUGCUCGUACGGCGCGGACAAGAAGGUCAGCCUGAACCGACACAUGCGCAUGCACUGUGCGUCGCCCGCCGUCACCAACGGCAGCAGCACGGGGGCGGGGUCCCCGGACCCGGCCCUCCCCGCCCCCCGCCCCGUCGACAGGUACUGCCAGGACUGCGACAUACGCUUCUCCUCGGUGAAGACGUUCCGCGCCCACAAGCUGCACUACUGCAGCACCAGGCACGUGGUGAAGAGCGCCGCCGCGACCGCCACCCCCCCUCCGGCGCCCUCCGUGCCCAAGAGCUCCCCCGCGUCGCCGUCGGACAACGCCUCUCGCACGUCCCCCGGCUCCCCCGACCCAGGGCACCGCCCCGCCCAGCCCUUCCUCGCGCUGCCCACAAACCCCAUCCUCAUCGUUCCUUACUCGCUCUUCCAAGGGGCCAGCCUCCUGACGGGCUCCGCCACUCUGGGGCUGCCCGCCGACGACACCGCCUGCCUCCUGCUGCCCAACGGGACGCUGCAGCCCAUGGCCCAGGGCCUGCUGUCGCACGUGGUCCCGCCGCCGCUGGCGUCCGCAGUGUCCUCGGGGCCGGCCGCCAGAGAGGAGAGGAGGGCCGCCAGCACGACCCUGCAGUCCGGGGAGGUGUCCUCCGAGCAGAGCAAAUCAUCAGCAUUGCGGAGUCAAUCACCUCGUAUCCCUGACAUGAUGCUGCCCUUGGAUCUGAGUAUGCACAGAUCACCCGAAGUAGGUAAUCUAGUGGUGGAUCUGGACACUGAAGAAGAGCGAGAAGAGGAGGAGAAGAUGAACUUGUCCAGGUUGUCUCCAGAGAGAGAAAACAUAGUGUGUGCUCCCUCCAUACCUCUCAUACUGUCCACUUCGUCCGCCUGCUCCACCCCUUCGCCACCGACAGUGUCGCCAGCGCUGUCCUCCUCGUCCAAGUCUCGCCACCCCAGUGGCAGCCCCAGUCCUCGCAACGGGGUCAUCUACACCAGCAGCAGCCACAAGAAGGCCAUCAAUGCAGCCAUCAGCCAGCUGGCCGCCACACAGGAUCCCCCCGGCAACCUGUCUCAACUGCUGCUCGCCGCCGUCACCGCGGCCGGCCAGUCGGAAGACGGUAACGGAGCAGUGCACCUCAAAUCCCCCCACUCCAUCAUCCACACGGCGAGCAAGCACGGUCCGAAGUCAGCUCUGCAGAAACCCCUGAUCCAGAUCCCUCCUCCACUCUUGCUGGGAGGCCCCCGCCCUGCGUCAGAUCUCCUCGUGUCUCCCGGCAUGCUGCCUCUCAUCACGCCGGAAAUGGCAUUCCGCAUGGCCUCGGAGCAGCCGGCGCCGCAGGUGCUGGUGAAGCAGGGCGUGUCCAAGUGUCGGGAGUGCAACAUCGUGUUCUGCAAGCACGAGAACUACCUCGCGCACAAGAAGCACUACUGCUCCGCCCGCACCGAGGGGGGGGCCUCGGAGGAGCACGUCCAGAAGCCCCAGAGUCCCGCGGCGGUCGUCAGCUCCCCGGGAGGCUCCGCCUCUGCCGGCUCUCCGACACACAGCAGCGGGAAGGCGAGCCCCACCCCGGGCCAGAAGCCCCCGCUCUUCCAGUUCAUCUGCGUGGCCUGUGGAAUCAAGUUCACGUCGUUCGACAACCUCACCGCUCACCAGGCCUACUAUUGUCCGAAGAGAGGAGAGCUGGUGGUGAAGAGUGGAGACGCUCCGGCGGAGAAGACCGGGCGAAAAUGCUCCAAGUGCAAGGUGUUUGUGUCGCCGGAGCAGCUGGCGACGCACCAGUGUGGCAUGGGCACGGGAUGGAAGUGCCCGUGCUGCGAUGUGGUCAGCCCCACAGCCAGCGCCGCACAGAGGCACAUGGACUCGCACAGCGGCGUCAAGGCCUUCCGCUGCAAGAUCUGCCGCUACAAGGGCAACACACUGCGCGGCAUGAGAACACACAUCAGGAUGCAUUUCGAGAAAAGAUCUGCCGAUAUUCAGGAAGAGAACUUCAUCAUCUGCAUAACCGGGGACGAGACGGGCACUGCACCCAGCAGCAGCGUCACUCCCCUGGACCCGUCGCCCGCAGACGGCCAGCCGGAAGAGCCCGCCCGUGCGGAGAAGCUGCACUUCUGCGACUACUGCACGUACAGCUCGUCGUACAAGGGCAACGUGGUGCGUCACUACAAGCUGGUCCACAACAAGGUGCCGUCGGGACUGGGGGAGGAUGGCGGGUCCUCCUCCUCCGCGGAGGGCUCCGGUGCGGUGGGCCCCGUGGACGAGGGUUCCCUCGCGAGGGAGGAGGACGCAGUCGUCGCAGAGGCCGCGGUGAAGCGGGAGAGCCAGGAGCCCGAGCGGGAAGGGGCGGCGGUCGUCAAGACGGAGCCACCACCGUGCGUGUCGGACUCUGAGGAGAUAGACGUGGAGGACGGGCCGCGAGUAUCUCCGAGUGCGUCUGAUGGCAGGGACGUACCGGAAGCCACGGAUCUCUCCGGCAACAACAACAGGAAGACGGGGCCCAAGUAUUGCAAGUCGUGCGACAUCUCCUUCAACUACCUGUCCACUUUCAUUGCGCACAAGAAGUUCUACUGUUCGAGUCACGCGGCGGAAAAUGCUGCCGGAAGGACAGCUGAGACGCCGGUGCAGUAGGAAGGAAGUAGCAAAUUGUGCAAAGUCUCUUAGCCAUGUGUGCAACUCCCACUUAUUCUUGUGGCACAGCACCGUGUCGCUAUCUCUUUUGCUGUGAUACACACUGUCCUAAUUGAAUAAAGAAUAAAAUUAUUUACACAUCUCAGGUUAAAAUGCAUGUUUAAAAGAAACUAUUUUUUUUUAGGAUGGAGAAACAUAAUAAUGGUUAAUUUUCAUACAUGGUGGCACCCAUGAGUAUAGGAUUGUACAAUGGAAUCUCAUUGCAAAGUACUUCAAUCUAAAUUUAUCCUUACAUAUGAAUUUUCAAACCACCAUAGUGCUUUUUACAUUUAAUAACACACAAUAACUAAGUUUUUUUUUUUUUUUAGGUAUAUUGUAAUGAGAUUUUACUGUGCUCUUGAAGAGAUUUAUUACAUUUUAAUUUUGCACAAAUAAAUAUUUCUUAGAGCAACACAAAUGUAUCAACAAAAAUACAUGAAUACCUUUUAUCAUCAUCUUUCUUUCUGUUAAAUGUAAUAAACUAUGCAUAAAUAAUUACAUUGAAAAACAAAAUCAGGCUUACCAUUGAAACUAAUUAAUAUGCUUAGCAAUGUGAGUUUUUCCUUACAAAAUAGUCACAUCUGUAAAAUGUAACUGCAAUGUACAUUUGUUUUGUUAAAUUUAGCAAUUUUGAUCAUUUGGCAGCUGACAUGUAACAGCAUGCACUUCACACAGAUUGGAUUACAUCACAUAGGGAGUGAAAAAGAACCUAUAUUAAGAAACAAAAAAUCAUAGAAGUGAAUGUGGUUGAAGAGUAUUUUUCAUAUGAAUGAAAAUUUUAUAUGAAAGCCAGCAGAGAAUAAUUUUAUAAAAUAACUAACUUGCAAUCAUUAGCAGCAUUUAAAACAAUAUAUAUUUUCUUCACAAAAUACACAGCUUGAAACUUCCAGAUUCUGAGUUUGUAAAAUUUUACACAUAUAAUUUGUGAAAUUAUGACAAUUGCAUGACUAUUUUUUUAAAUAUUAAUUUACAACUGUGUGUUGAUCAUAGUUGCAAAUUUCACUAACUUGUGCACAUAUUUUGCUAAGAGGUUUUGUACUAAUUGCAGUACCAAAAAUCACUGAAAUGUACUGCGAAUGGAAAAAAAACUGUAAUAAUUUGAACCAUAUAAAAUUUUAUAAUAGGGGCAGAGUAAAAAUAGUUUCUAUUGUAAUCUCAUAAAUUAUACUCUUUGUUGAAGAUACCAUUGGAAAUUCAGUGUCCCUGUAUGUGUCUGUGACUUUUAGUGGAUGUGUUGAAAUGUUAUUGCCGUUUUAUGUGAAUGUUUGCGGGGGGGGGGGGGGGGGGGGGGGGGGGGAGAGGAGAACCUUAAGUUAUGCUGUUUCAAACAUUAUUGCUUCAUUGUGCAAGUUUUCCUUGGGCAAGUAAUUAUUGAAGAAACAAAUAAUUACCAUCAGUCAUUAUGUUAAUUUCUGUGGGCAUUAAUAAUGAUCAUGUGCAAUUAGAUCUGCCAUUCUCAUCUAAAAAAAUUUUUUUAACCUACCAAUAAUUUCCUUAUGUGGAUAUUUCAUUUGUAAAAAAGUUAAAUAAAUGUUAUAUGCGAUGGUUUUGAAGAUCUGGAAACACUUAUUUACAUCACAUACAAAAAAUAUUUUGUGUACUUCAAAGUUAAAUUUGUACAUUAUUGACCACUGUUGCUAUACUAAGUAACUUAACUGUUUUUUGUCAUCUCGAUUUUUAAAAUGAAGUGAAUAUGUUCCAUGACUUAUUUCUUCAUGAAUUUCAUGCAAAGAUAAUUUGUCUAUUAAUAUGUAAGUUUAACUCUGAUCACUUGAAGGAAUAUCUUAGAGCAAUAAUUAUUGGCACUUACAUUUUUUAAACACAUAUACUUCUAUUAUGUACUGCUGUAAAAUUAAAUUUUAAUGCAAAAUUUUCUCUGAUACUAUCAAAUUAAAAUGUAAUGUGAAAAAAUUGAAUUUUAAAUUGUAAUUCCUCAAACUUAACAAGAAAAUUUUUCUCCAAUAUUAUUAAACUAAAUUUAGUCCAGCUUUAAUGAGGCUUACACCUUUCCAGCUCUGAUAUUCAACAAACUAUUUUAUAAUUUUUUGUACAAUAACAAGGAUAUUAGGUGAAAAAAAAUUUAAAAUCCCUUUACUAAAUGUAAUGACAUUAUGGAAAAGUUUUCACCAAAAACAGGCAUCCGCAUAACUAUGUUAAACUUUUGUAGAAACCAAGCACAGAAAAUAUUCAUUAUUAGUAAAAACCAAUGAUGUACAUUACAAUGGAAAGUAUUGCAAAAUUUCAACUGCCACUAAAAACAUACAAGUAUAACUCCAUCACAAAAUUAUGCAUAAAACUUUCUGUAGAACAAGGAAGCAAGCAUUCAGAGCAAUCCUUAUUACUGCAGGCAAUCACAGUAUUUUUAGUUUUAGGUGAAGUGAUCUUUUGCUGCCACAUAAAUUGUUUUUUACAUUUUUUUCCCUGAAAUCUUUUAUGGACACCAUGUAUUAUAAUUAAAUCACUUAAAUCACUUAUGUAUUUCCUGUUAAGCAGCCAGCACUCGACUUUAUAAUUAUUAUCAUAAUUCAAAAUAAGUAAGUUUGCAAAUUUACAACAUUAAAAAUAAAUAUAUAUAAUAAUUAAUUUCCUAGACAUUGAUUAAUUGGGUUUUCAAGAAGUCUAACUAACAUUAUCUGUAAAUAUUUGAUGUUAAAAUUAUACGUAAUUUACAGUAAAAAACCUCUGAUAUUAUCAUGUCUGUACAAAUAUGGAAAAAUGCACUCUCAUGAAUAAUCAUUACUAGCAAAUUAAAAACACUUGAUUCUAGUUAAUUUUGUUAGUAGAUGGUAUGGAAAUAACUGAAAUCUUUAUUGGCAGUAUUUUCCCUCAUAUUUAAGGGUGUGUGUCCCAUUCUGUCAUUUUUUAAAAUUUACUUUCCACAAGGUUAAACUUGCCGACUUUUUGAGUGGGUGAACUUUCACAAAGAGAGAGUAAGUGAGUGCGUGUAUGAGUGCACAUGCAUGUGUGUGUGUAUGUAUGUGUGUGUGUGUAUGAUACUUUUUGCCACUUAGCUGGCAAAGUUGCAUUUUUAAUAUUUUUGUGCCAUAUAAUUAAGAAUGAAUUGGAAUAUAAAAAUCAAACUUUUUAUGAUUUUAAAAGGCUAAAUAAAAUUAAAUAAAUUGUUCUGUAAUAAUUUUACACCAUACCACACAGUAUAUAUUGCCUUUAAACCCAAAACUGUUCAGUUAUAUAUAUUCCAUUUGGUUCUACUUAUCCAUACUGCACAAAAAUGUUAAAAAUACAACUUUGCCAGCUAAUUAUGCAAAAAAAUAUGCACUCUUAUUAUAUUUUUUUCAUUUUGUUGAAGUAUGGCCACUAAAAAAGUCUACAAGUUUAACUGCAUUAAACGUAAAAAUAAAAUAAUGACCGGGAAUGGGACAUACACCCUUAAUGAUGUACCUGAUUCUGACCAUUUGUGAAGCUACUACAAUAACAAAGUCUUGACAGCAUUUCUAUAUACCGAUGGUGUAAAGACAUAGUUUCAAUCCACAGGAGCAAAAGCUUAAUAAUUCUACAAUUAUUGUAGACAGGUAGUGUGGAAGUAGCCAUAGCACCAUAUUGAAAAAAAAAGUGUUUCUUUUGUUUUUGUCCUUAAGAAAACAGUGAGGGUAUCUUAACGACUGCCAUAUUGUAAACAGCAAUUUUCCUGUCGUUGCCUGGUGACAGCACAGGCAGUGCAUGGUAGCUCAAAUUGUUUGAACAGAACAUUAAGGUGCUGCUUGCCUGGACACAUGGCCAAGUGCCGAGAUAAGGCUACAUGUGUGUAAACACAAUUUCAGCCUCCUUUCAUAAUACUGUGUUUAAAUAAGAACAUCACAGUGUACUGUGAACAGGUGCUGUCUAAGUAAGAGUAUGAAAGUGUUACUGAAUGUGUAUGUCGUUAAUUUUAAAACAUUUAAACACAGAAAUUACACCUAGAAAUACAAGGGAAAAUAACUUUUAUUCUAUACUUUAUUCAUAAGUAGAAUGUUCUCCCCUUCACAAUGCAUAGUGGUGGGGUGUUUCAAAAUUGUGAAUGGUAGCUGAAUUCUGUGUGAAACUAUUUAACAUAUAAUCCUCUAUCCUGACAGUUUAGCUGAUCUUCAGGUAGGCAAACCUGUAAAUUAUUACGUACCUCUGCAGAAAAUUAUCGUUACAUGAAGUAAAUGAAAAUGGUCAUAUGAAAGAUAAGUCAUGAAUAUGUAUAUUAAAUUGUGCAUUUACAUAAUAAAUGACACUAAACUAUGGACUUACUGGUAAAGUGCAAUAUGGUUUUAGUGGAUUUGUUACUGUUACCACAAAUUUUUUUCACUGGGCAUGGAGAACUAAUUCAUUUCAUUUAACUUCCAUUUCCACAAAAAUGUACAAUAAGUAAGUUGAAAAAAGUUCUUGGCUAAAUUAUUGUAACUUUUAUUUUUGGAGAAUUUCACCAGAUGAGAAUAACUAUGUUGUUUGAAAUCUCAAUUCUAAAAAUUUCCAACUUGUGAUCUGAUUGUUGUUAUAAUUGUUUCCUUAUUCAUAGCUUGUUAAUUUUGCAUUUGAUCUGUAUAAAUAUUUUAUUUGCCAAAGUAAAAUAGUAAAUAUGUGUCUCGAAUAUGCAUUUACUUGUGGAAUAGAGUUGUACGUAUGUUUAUGUUUUUGAAAAUUUUAAAUGUUUUUAUAUUUGCAUGUUACAAAAACAAAAGUUUGAAUACUUGUAUAUGUCUGUCUGUAGUAGGAAAUGUAAGAUUACCCAAUACGUAUGUUAAUAAUAACUGUUGGUGCUAAAUGUCCAGUACUACUUGCAAAUAUCAGUAAUGAAAUUAUAUUUGUGAGGAAACAUUUACCACAGUUCACAGACAAUAAAUUAUUUAUUUGUAAAUCUUGAA